AUGGAGAGACACCCGCACGGAGGAGGAUCAGUGAGGGGCUGGUGCUCUGGGUGCAGCUCUGACUGGGGAAGAAAAUGGAUGGAUAUUUCUCCCACAAUGCAGCUGUCGGAGGCUGACUUCCUGGACUCACUGUUGGUUCUGGGCUUCAGCAAAGAAGUGAAUGACAUGCUGCUUCAGUUGUACCAGCAGCAGGGGCCCCAGGUGUGCUCCGUCCUGUCCCAGAUGAGGCCCACACUUCCAGAGUACCACAGCCUUGAGUGGAGGCUGGACGUUCACGUGUCCAGGCGCGCUCUGAGGCAGCAGUUGUGUCCUGUCAUGACGCUGUGCCUGGCUUUAACUGAAGGGGGCACUGGUGAGCAGAGCACGCGCAGACUGCUCCAAGCUCGGCCCUCCACCCUGCUCCACCUGCUGCGUGAGCUGGAGAGCGCUCUCGACGCCAUGAAGAGCACACACACACGCCGAAUCCUGCGCAACGUCAAGUGA